AUGUCAGACUACGAGUCCGAUGGGUCGGCCUUUAGCCUUGAUGCCUCUGUAACCAGCCAAAGUGAAAAAGACCACCGAGUCUUCCUCCGCGCAGCAGCAAAGCCCAAGCCCAAAGCAGCAAAGGCCGCUUCCGCUUCCACCUCCGCAGCAGCAGCAAGCCGCAAUGGCCCGAGCGUCGAGGAGAUUUACCAGAAAAAGACACCCAUUGAGCACGUUCUCCUGCGCCCCGACACUUACAUUGGCUCUGUCGAGCCCACCAAUGACAAGAUGUGGGUCAUGGACCCCGCCACCAUGCGCAUGGUCUACCGCGAAAUCAGGUACACUCCCGGCCUUUACAAGAUUGUCGACGAGAUCCUGGUCAAUGCUGCGGACAACAAGGCGCGUGACCCGACGAUGAAGAAGAUUGAGAUUACCAUUGACAAGGAGAGCGGGGUUAUAUCUAUUUUGAAUGACGGCAAGGGUAUUCCGAUUGAGAUCCACAAGGAGCAGCACGUGUAUGUGCCCGAGCUCAUCUUUGGCCACCUGCUGACGUCGUCAAACUACAACGACACCGAGGAGAAGAUCACUGGUGGCCGCAACGGAUACGGUGCCAAGCUGUGCAACAUCUUUAGCAAGGAGUUCACUGUCGAGACUACCGACAUGACUGCGCAGAAGAAGUACGUCCAAACUUUCAACGAUAAUAUGUCCAAGAUUGGCAAGCCCAAAAUCACAAAGUAUGCGCUGAAGAAGGAGUAUACCAAGAUCACCUUCUGCCCAGACUACGCAAAGUUCCAGAUGACGCACCUCGACGACGACGCAUUUGCCCUGAUCACCAAGCGCGCCUACGACUUGGCAGGUUGUGUAGAGGGUGUCAAGGUAUUUUUGAACGGCGAGAAUAUUGCCCUCAAGAACUUCAAGUCAUACGUUGAGCUGUAUCUCAAGCCGCCCGUGUCCGCCGACGAUCCCACCCCGGCCAAGCCACAAGAAAUCGUGUACAAGCGCUUCAGCGACCGCUGGGAAGUUGCGUUUGCUGUGUCCGAGGGCCAAUUCAACCAGGUGAGCUUUGCCAACGCCAUCAAUACCAUCCGCGGGGGCACCCACGUCAAUUACAUCGCCGACCAGAUUAUCAAGAAGUUUAUCGCGUCGGUGAAGAAGAACAAGGUCACCAUCAAGCCGCACCAGGUCAAAAACAACAUGUGGAUCUUUGUCAAUAGCAAGAUCGGCAACCCAACUUUUGACUCACAGACCAAGGAGACCCUGACGCUGCGCUCGUCUGCAUUUGGAUCCAGUUGCGAAAUCGGUGAAGACUUUAUGAAGGGUGUGCUCAAGUCUGAGCUGAAGGAGCUUGUCGACCUGAUGAUCAAGCGCAAGGACGAGCGCGAUCUCAAGAAGACCGAUGGCACACGUACUAGCAGACUCACAGGCAUCGAGAAGCUUGACGACGCCAACCAUGCCGGCACGCGCUACAGCAAGGACUGCACGCUCAUUCUCACCGAGGGAGACUCUGCCAAGACGCUUGCUGUCGCCGGGUUGGGGGUCCAAGGCCGCGACAAGUUUGGAAUUUUUGCGCUGCGUGGAAAGCCGCUCAACGUGCGCGACGCGCAGCCCGCGCAGAUUCUUGGCAACAAGGAGUUCACUUACAUCAAACAGAUCCUGGGCCUGAGGCACGGUGUGAAGUACACAUCGACCGACCAGCUGCGCUAUGGUCAUGUCCUGAUCAUGGCCGAUCAGGACGUGGACGGCAGUCACAUCAAGGGCCUGCUGAUCAACAUGUUUGACUCCAUGUAUCCGGGCCUGCUCGAUGUCGACGGGUUCCUGCAGCAGUUCAUCACGCCCGUCGUGCGUGUAACCAAUGUGCGGAGCAAAGAGCGCAAGGACUUUUACACGGAGGUUGAGUUCAAAAGGUGGUUCGAGCUGCAGCCCGACUUGGGGAAGGGUUGGACCAUCAAGUACUACAAAGGUCUGGGUACUUCCAAGGACAUCGACGCCCACGAGUACUUCCGCAACCUCGAGUUCCAUCGCAAGUCCUUUGACCCGCCGGAGAGCGAGGACCGCAUGCUGGUCGACAUGGCGUUCAACAAGGGCAAGGCCAACGAGCGCAAGGACUGGCUAGCCUCGUACCAGCCAGGUGUUUACGUGGACAACAAUAAGACCUCGGUUGGGAUCGGCGAGUUUAUCAACAAGGAGCUCGUGCUCUUCUCAAUGGAGGAUAACAACCGCUCAAUCCCUUCGGUCGUCGACGGCCUGAAGCCCGGCCAACGCAAGAUCCUGUGGACAUCGCUUCAGGCCAAUCUGGUAAAGGAGAUCAAGGUGGUCAUUUUGCAGGGAAAGGUCACCGAGAAGGCCAUCUACCACCACGGCGACCAGAGUCUGAUUUCUACGAUCGUCGGCAUGGCGCAGGACUUUGUCGGCAGCAACAACAUCAACCUGUUAAUGCCCGAGGGAGGCUUGGCACUCGCCUCACCGGCGGCAAAGAUGCGGCCAGCGCUCCGACGAUGCGCUUUUGGAAACCUGACCGACGACGGCAAGACUGUCGAGCCGCGUUGGUACAUGCCGGUGAUUCCCAUGGUGCUGGUCAAUGGCGCCGAGGGCAUUGGAACCGGAUGGAGCACGACUAUUCCCAACUACAAUCCGACCGACAUUAUUGCCAACAUCCGCCGCAUGAUGAAUAAGGAGCCGCUCCAAACCAUGGCGCCCUGGUACCGCGGCUUCCGCGGCACUAUUGAGCGCACGAGCACCGACCGCGUGCGCACCUGGACCUCACCGACCGAGCUACAAAUCUCCGAGCUGCCGAUCCGCACUUGGACGGAAAGCUACAAGACGCAGCUGAACGCCUGGAUGGCCGCCGAGAAGGGCCCGGCGAUCAUCAAGGACUUCCGCUACAAUGCGUCGACACUCACGGUCGACAUUACGCUGACGCUGACUGAGGAGCAGAUGAGCAAGGCCGAGCAGCAGGGCCUAGAGGAGCGCUUCAAGCUGGCAUCCUUUAUCACCACACUAACAUGGUAUGCUACGCCCGAGGAGAUCAUCGAGGACUUUUACCCACUGCGCCUGCGCUACUACCAGCUUCGCAAGGAGAACAUGGCAGAGAAGCUCGGCCACGAUCUUCAGAUGGCGAACAACCGCGCUCGCUUCGUCAUGGAGAUUAUCGAGAAGAAGCUGAUCGUUAACAACCGCAAGCGUACCGACCUUAUCAAGGAGCUGCGCGACCGGGGCUACGCUUCUAUACCCAAGGCCAUCAAGCCUGUGGUUGCCGGCGACCCCGACUCGGAGCAGGGUGCGAAUUCCGAUCAGCCAUCUGACUACGACUACCUGCUGGAACCAGGGCGCUGGUGGGAAGGGCAAGGCCAAGGCCAAGGCGAGAGCGGCACCCAAAAAGGCGACAUCCACCCCACUACCACUAGCGCAGCGGCCAAGCGCAAGCUGGAAGCAGUGGAGAUCGAGGAUGGUGACAGCGAUCUUUUGGCCAAGCCCGCGGCCAAGGCUGCAAAGACUGAGGCUGCCAAACCGCGGGCAAGGGCCAAGAAGGAGGAGUCCAGCAUCACGCCUCUGGCUGCAUCUGCGUCCACUGUGGUCAACACGACAGCGCCGAUAACAUUGGGAUCUGAUCUGGAUGAUAGUGACGAAGAUGUCGCCUCGUCUAUAUUCAAAAGAACGACGGAGAAGAAGAUGGGCACUGGAAACGGCACAAUCAAACAACCAACUCUGGGCGACAUGUUUGCGGCGAAGACGACCAAAAAGCCCGCGGCAAGCAAGGCUUCGACAGCAGUAACAUCAUCGGUUUCAUCGACGGUGGCGACAGCCAGCUCUUCAAAGCCUGCACCCAAAAAGAGAGUGCUAACAAAGAAGAAGAUUGCUGACAGUAGUGACGAGGAGGACAACGCGGCAGGGGAUGAUGGCGCGGACCGUGCCUGCCAGCGGACUGCAGCAGCAGCCAAGAAGCCCGCGUAUGUGGACAUUUCGGAUGACGAUUCGGCCGACGACUUUGCUGCUGACGACGACUCGGACGAUUUUGAGCUGAGCUGA